AAUGCUCAAAGAUGUCCUCAUCCGUCCCAAGGUGCGCUUCAUCGGGUCGCCCAUUUUUCUGGGCCCUGCGUUGGCAGCACCGUUCCCUUACUGAAAGGGGAAGUACUCCCAGCACCGGGUAAAAGCGCGGCACAUGCGUCUAUACCUAGGUACGUGGCAGGACCCUGGAAUCAGCUUACCUUACUAGUAUACCACGAACGCAGCUGGCAUCAGACUCGGCGGUGUGCCUUCUUAUUGCAACAUCUUACUCUUCUAGACUCACGCAGCCCAUCAUGACCAUGGACUACUCACGAUAUGAAUGGCAAGAAUCGAGUCCUGACGUAUGGACACGCGAGGUCGAUGAAGUGGAGUUCUUCUAUACUUCGCUCGCCCGCACGUGGCGAGGCUGUGGCCGCAUGUUCUUCCACAUGACCGGCCAUCUGUCCGUGCAAGUGCCUGUUCCACCAGGACGGACGCAGAGCGAAGAGGGCAAGCGGCUCGAGGAUGCCUUGCGCAAGGCGUGGAUAUCGCUGCGCUUCCAUCACCCCACUGUUGCCUCGCAGGUGAAAUUGCAUCCGGACAAGGGGACGUAUCUCAAGACGUAUCAUGUGCGCCCCAACGGCUGGCUCGAUGAGACAUUCAAGAUCAUCUCGACUGGACAGACGGGGACUGAAUGGGCCAAUGCGGACCCGCCCGCGCCAGAGCUUCCAACCCUCAAUGUCGUGGUUCCUCCGCAAGACGACCAGGGCCUGGUGAAGAGGGAUCUUGUCAUCCGUGCGCCGCACGACAUCAUGGACGGCGUCGGCACACUCAUGCUCUUCAACAACCUUGUUGGCCACGCGGCGACAGCGUUUGAGCAAGGGGACGCCUAUGCUGUCCCUGAUCUGCGCGAACCUCGGGUCAUCGAGAACCUCAGUCCUCCUUUCCGUGUUGCUGCCAAUAUCCCACCCCAGCCUAGCCCGCAGGUGAAAGACCGCAUGGAGAAAGUCAUGACAGUCAGGCGUAGUAUCGACGCCAAGGACGUCGAAGUCGUGCCAUCGCCAUUCCGAGCAGGUGCCACCAAACCUGGCGUUCACAAACGCAUCGAGAUCACCUUGUCAGCCGAAGAGACCAGUGCCCUCGCAACAAAGUGCAAAGAGUUCGGCGUUACGGUGACGCAUGUCUUUCAUGCCGCGAUUGCACUGGUCCUGCGCGACAUGAUGCCGAAAGCAGAGCUGGAUAGGCAGGUCGUGUACAGGGGCUAUCUCCUACGCAACGAGCGGCCCAACUGCGCGGCGCCCUACAACGGCUAUGAGCAUGCUGCGUCGCCACUCGAGGUCGACCUGGUAGUUCCUGGCAAAGGCACGGCCGUGACCGUGGAGGACGAGAGGGAGGACUUCUUGCGGGUCGUGCGUCUGAUGAGGGACUACUAUCACAAGGUCCGUGAUGAUCCUCUUCACUAUCAGCUCGCGCCACUCCUUGCUGGGGCAGCGACGAAGCCCUUGCCUACCGACUCUGAGGAGGCUGAGGUUGUCCCACCCAUCCCGCCACCUACAGAGCAAGCCUCGGCGACGAUUUCAUCCAUGGGCAAGAUUGAUCACUUGAUCACAGCGAAGCAAGGAGUGAUCGAUGUUUUCCACCCGUGGGUGACAGGCGAGGAGCUCAGGAGCUCACUGGGCUUAUUCUUGGGUACUUUUAGGGGCGAGUUGAGUCUGAGUGCAGCGUACAACGAUGCGUGGCAUGAGGAGAAGGAUGUGGUGAAAUUCGCAGAGAGAUGUCUCAAGGUUGCGAGGAUGGGAUUCGGUCUGUGA